GCCGCGCCGGGGCUCCGCCGUGCCACAGAGACGAGCGCGGCGGCGGCAGACACAGCCCCGGAGCGGGGCCGCGCCGCGCCGCGCCGGGGGAGGCGGCGGAGGAUGGAGGAGGAGAUGCAGCCGGCGGAGGAGGGGCCCAGCACCCCCAAAAUCUACAAGCAGCGGGGUCCCUACAGCGUCCUGAAGACCUUCCCCGGGAAGCGGACGACGCUGGCCAAGCGCUAUGAGAGACCCACCAUGGUGGAGGUGCCCCGCGGGCGCGGAGCGGGGCAGCCCUUCCCGCACGCCGCCGAGCCGCUGCCCUACGCGCCGCACGGCCCCUUCCCCAACGGGCCCGCCCGCCCCGGCGCUGCCCCCGGCGCUGCCCAGGGCCACCCCCGCCCGCCGCCGCCGGCACCGAGCUCCUCGGGCCGCUACGGCCCCUGCCCGGCGGUGGCGGGGGGCGGCGGCGCGGAGCUGAGCGCAGAGAGUCGAAUGAUUCUGGAUGCCUUUGCUCAACAAUGCAGCCGGGUUCUAAGUCUCUUAAAUUGUGGUGGAAAACUACUGGACAACAAUCACUCUCAGUCCAUGAUUUCUUGUAUAAAGCAGGAAAACCCAAAUUAUAGUGAAAGACAAGAGCAAUGUCAGCUUGGGAAAAUGGUCCAUAGUCAGACAUCAGACAUUUUAGACAUAGAGAUGCAGUAUAUGCAAAAGAAACAACAAACCUCAGCCUUUCUGAGAGUUUUUACUGAUUCCCUUCAGAACUAUUUACUUUCUGGGAGCUUCCCUUCUCAGAACACCUCAUCAAUAAAUGAUUUUAGCCAUUUGGCAGAUGUGGAUCCACUUUCAGCCUCUCCAGUACACACUUUAGGUGGAUGGACAUCUCCAGCAACAUCGGAAUCUCAUGGUCAUCCAUCAUCUUCUACACUUCCAGAGGAGGAAGAGGAGGAAGAGGAAGAAGGUUACUGCCCUCGGUGUCAAGAGCUAGAGCAGGAGGUAAUUUCAUUGCAACAAGAAAAUGAAGAGCUUCGUAGAAAGUUGGAGAGCAUUCCAGUGCCCUGCCAGACGGUUUUAGAUUAUUUGAAGACUGUGCUUCAGCAUCACAACCAGCUUAUGGUACCACAGCCAGCUGACCAUCCAACCGAGGGGAGUAAGCAGUUGCUGAACAACUACCCUGUCUACAUCACUAGUAAACAGUGGGAUGAGGCUGUAAAUUCUUCCAAGAAAGAUGGACGACGGCUCCUUCGCUAUCUCAUCAGAUUUGUUUUCACAACCGAUGAGCUUAAGUACUCAUGCGGCCUUGGAAAAAGGAAAAGGUCAGUGCAGUCAGGAGAGACAGGUCCUGAAAGACGUCCUCUGGAUCCAGUUAAAGUAACAUGUCUCAGAGAGUUCAUUAGGAUGCACUGUACCUCCAACCCGGACUGGUGGAUGCCGUCUGAAGAGCAGAUAAACAAGGUGUUCAGCGACGCGGUGGGACACGCGCGCCAGGGCCGCGCCGUGGGGACUUUCCUUCACAAUGGCAGCUCGUACUACGAAGGGACUGACCACCCAGGGUCACAGGAUGAUGUCUUCAACAGAGGUAUGCAAGAUGGAUCUGGAGAUUGAUGGCAGUGAGAAUCACAUCAUACAACAGUAGCAAACUUAAUUUGGGAGAGACUGUUUGUUAAACAUACUUAACCCUGCUGUCAUUUAGGAGUCCAAAGCAUGUUUGAACAAAUAUUGCAUACAUUUCAGCUUCUCCAUCCUACCAUAUCCCAGUUAACAGAAAGAAAUCCACUUCAAGACCUGCUUUAUGGGACUUCUCAGUGCCUAUUAUUUCCAAAUCCUUCAUAGCUCACUCAAAGGGAGCAUACAGUCCAUUUCAUCCAGUUGUAGAGGAAAGGUCAUUUUAAAACUAUAAAAGUGUCAAAAGAAACAGCAGCUACUAUCUCUUCAGCCUAUUGAUAACAAUCCCAGGCCCAGACUCAGAACAGCUGGGUGCUAUUUGCUUUCCCUGACUAGGAGAUUUGUACAAGUCUGCACACUUACAACAAAAAAAAGGAGUGGUUUCCCAUUUGCUAACAGAAAAGAACAUAAUUAUAAAUGCUACCUUAAAGUACCACACAAGACAGAAAAUCCAGGGACUUUCUUAGCCGACUGUCAGGAAAUUAAGCUUCUCGAGUAAAACAGCAGCACUAAUCAACAGCAGAAUCCUUCAAAGACCCAGAACAAUAACAGGCAUUUCUAACAGAUAAAAAUUGCAUUGUAUAUCAGAUAGACAGCAUAUUUCUCUAGAUUUCUAGAGGAUUAGAGUUGAUCAUGACAGUUUUCAUUAAAACAAGAUUGCUAAAAACAAAUUGCCAUUUCAGAAAACAGAUUUUCCUUUGUUCCUAUUCUGCAGCUGUAUUACGUAGCUUUAGAGGCUUUAAAUUGCCUUUUCUUGUUUUCACUUUAGUUUGUGUUUUAUAGCCAUUCCUUGAAAGAGGUGAGGCAACGUGCUGGUUUUGGUCAAUGUUGCAUUCAGGGAGGGGCUGGGCAAGAAGAACCUGGUUUAGUGUUCUGUAGUAAGUAGAGAUGGGAUCCAGACUGAGAGCUUUAAGAAAAGAGCUGUUGGAGCAGAAUUUACAAUGGUUCACAACAUUGGAAGCAGAAACUAGCUUUAAAAACAAAAGUCAAUCCACAAAAAAAGUUUCAUUUUAGGCGUUUAGGAGUCCACUGUCCCUCUAAAUUGAUCCAUGCCAGAAACAUGCAAUGCCAAAGAAACGAUGCCCUUUCCUUUCCACAUCAGUGUGUUUCCAUCUCCUUACCUUUGUGUGCUCACUCAGGCCAGUGUUGGCAUCCUCCACAGCCUGAACCAGCAUUUCCUGAGGCAACAUUCCCCCACUGGCAGGUACAGGGAGCUGGUUUUGGGAAGAAAGCUCACUUCACUUUUGGCCACCCGUAGUGCUACCUCAUCAGCGUUGACUCUCCUGAACGCUCUCAUACUCCCCCAGCUACUAAUGGCUCCCUUUCCCCUUCUCCUCCCCUUCCCCACCUGCUCCCCAUGCACCAGGCAAGGCAGGAGGCACUGGACCCUUCCUCAGAGACCAGGAAGGCUCUCUAGGGUGCAGUGCUCCUCGAGUCCCAGCCUGGCUGCAGGGCUGGGGCAGUCUCUCCAAGUUCAGCUCACCCACGCAGAGGCAGGAGCUCCUUCCUUCCUGCCCUCUGCUUCCCUUUGCCUGUGGUGGUGACGGGUCUCUCCUGGCCCUUGGGGCAUCUCGGGACACAGGCUCGCCAUGCACGGCCAUAGAGAGGACCUUGCUCAGUCCCCAUGUGCUUUAGGCCCUCAAAUGUCCAAUACCUCUCGAUUCACUUUAAUUUUGGUGAUUUUUUUGAAAGGGGGUUGAAAGGUACUCGCUGGCCCCCAAAUAAUUAAUUUAUUUUCUUAAAGUCAACUAGUGGCUUAGUCACACAGGACCUCACUAGACCAAGGGGUUUAGUACAGCAUUCCUUCAUUACAGGCAGGAGGUGACUUUCUUGGAGCGGUCACACCACGUGGUGGCCUCUGGAGGAGAAAUUCAGUGUAUAGAAAUGUCACAGUACAGAUAUCCUAUAGUAGCUUUUCGGUGUUGAACUUACACUUUUUAAAAAAGAACUAUAAUAGAAGAUGUUACAUUGCUCAGAUGGUGUAAGUCUUGCUGGUCUAUGUUUAAUGUGGUGACACACACCAGAACUAUUUGGUAAAACAUGUCAGAACGUGUGAGUCAACAUUAUACUGUAAAUUUGUCCACAGCGAUAUGUAUCAUGCUGUAUUUUUGUAAACAUUGUGAUGGUUUCCUUUCAGAUGCUUAAUUGUAUGAUGUUUAAGAUAUAAACACUUUCUAACAGUCACAGAACAGAAUUACUGAACUGGACAGACCUCUCACUUAAUAACUGAAAGAUUUGCUGAAAUAACUAGUAAGCCUAGCUUUAUUUCUAGUGUAAAAAGCAUAGCCAGCAUCCUGGAACCACUCACAGUCCUCUACUCACAUUGUGCAAAAUAACCAAAAGUAUCAUUUCAUCCUGAAAGUCGCUUUGGCAGUACAAAUUGCUUCGCAGGUUUGGACCUUUCUUUAUGAACAAAAUUUUGUCCUCAAUUGCUUAUGUGCACUGGCCAGUGACAUGAAUCAUGGCCACAGAUAGGCAUUAACAGACACCAGCUCAUGUUUUUGUUCAUGUUUUGGUUUUUUGUCAGUUCUUCGUUUUUAAUUGCCAUUGUGGCCACUUGACUCACACAUUUCAUUUUAAAAAUCCCAAACCUUGCGCAACAACCUAUUCCAGUUAAUUUGUUCAUUAGGUGUUGUAAAUUCAUACACAUUGAAGCAUCUAAAUAUCUGCAAUAUGUUAGAUAUGGGACCUGAAAUAAUAGAUAGCACAUAAGCCCUUGCAGAGGGAGAUAUCCAUAUUUAGGCAGUGUGCUUUAUAAGCCAGCACAUCCCUUCCCAGCAACAGAAGGAAACUGCUAUCUAUCAUGUCACUCCAGGAAGUCCCAGGAGGAUAGAGAUUCUUGUCUUAUCCUUCCAUACACUUUAAUCUUACUGUCAUUUAUGUAUCUGCCUUCUCUCAAACUUUGUGUAGCAGCGCCGCACGCCCAUCUGUGCCAACAUGCCUUCGCUAUAUUUUCUAUGACAAAUAUUUGUGGAGAAACUGUGAUUAAAAAAAACAUUAAUCCUGAUAUUUUUAUUGUUAUGGUGUAGUUAAUUCUAUGAAUACUUUCUUAUGAUGAUUGUACUGUGUAGAGUAAGUACAGGUUAGGGAUAGACCUUUAUCAGAUAUUGUACAAAAGAAAAGUGCAUAGUGUAAUAUAGACUAGUAAGGUUUUUGUGACGAUUUCUAUAGGAUGUGUGAAUUGUUUUCUAUGUGGCAACACACAUUUCUUUUAAAGAAUAUAAAAUCUUAGAGAAUUUUUUAAACAGUCAAUAUUUUUUAAUUAUAAAGACAUUUGUUACCUACAGUUUACUAUUUCAGGUGUUAAUUCUAAUUUGAAUAUUGGUUUUAUUACUACAUACCUCCAGUUCCAUUUGUUCUGUUGCAUAAAAAAUGCACAAUAAAAGUUAGUCUCUGGUUAA